GAAAUCAAAUAAAAUCUCACCAGAAAUUUAAUUAAAUAAUACUUUUUCAAUAAAUAUAAAAACAACAACACCAAGCGUUCUUUGUUGGAAGCUGCAUACAAAGCAGUUCAAUCUUCCCUUUCUCUCUGUUCUUCAAUUCAAUUCAAUUUCAUCACUACUUUUGUACAGUUAUUCAAACCUCACCUCACAGAUAUAAAUAUAGAAAAAUUCAAGGACCAACGAAGAAGAAGAUGAAGCAGCAGCAACGUGCCGUCCACAACGUCGUCGCUUCAUCUCGGGAAGAGAUGACCGGCAGAGACGCCGUCGUUUGCCCCAAGCCUCGCCGCCUCGGCCUCUUCAACGACAGAUCCUUCCGGUGGCAUCUCAGUUGUCAGGUUGAGCCUUGUGAUUCAUACUCAUCUAGCUCAAAUCCUUUGGAAUCCAUUCUCAACAAGGAUUUUGAUUGUGAAAUUAUAGAUCAACCAUACUACCCAGUGGUAGCCUCGCCGCCCCCAUUUUUCUGCGGGUCGCCGCCGAGCAGAGUAGCUAACCCAUUAAUUCAGGAUGCUAGGUUCGGGGAUGAGAAUAUCUCCCCGCUCUCGCCGUCGUCAUGGGUGGUGGUUCCUGCACCGUCGUCUCCUUCAUCCUCCUCCAGGAAGGGAGGAGGCUGUGUCCGAUCCAAUUUUGGUAACAAUCCGGCCGUGAGAGUCGAAGGGUUCGAUUGCCUUGACAGGGACAGGCGAAAUUGCAGCAUCCCUGCUUUAGCCUAGAACAAAUCCACCCACUCAUACACAUAUCUUUGAGAUUAGAAUUCAGUUUACCUUUGAUAUCCACGGAAUAGAGGAGUUUUGGAUGGAUGUCUGAGUUGAAGAGGGAAAAAGAGAUAGAGUUUUAUGUAAAUAAAUAUGUUGAGUUAAUCAGUGAGUGUAUGUAAAUGUCAGUUUGUGUAGGAAAAUUGUGCAGUUCAUGAAAUAAGGUUAAGAUUGAGAGUUGAAUUUGGGGGGUUUAGAUGAUGCCCCCUUGUUUAGGUGUCUUGAACCAUUCUCUUAUGUGUAAGUACAAGUCUUUAGAGGAUGGGAAAUACUUCUUCAUUUUGAAAUGAAUUUCUUCAAUGGGUCUUUGAAUUGUAACUAGCUAGCUAGCGGCUUAAGAAGGAAAACAUGUACAAAAAGUAUGGUUUGUAUGAGAAUUCUAAAUGGGUCUUACAAAGUCUCUAUGUAAAUGAAAUUGAAUUCUGUUUAA